AUGGCCGACACUCCCCCUCAUCCAGACCUCUACAAGAACAUCGCUGCACCCUUGAUUGCCUACUCUGCCGUCUGUCAGAUCGUAAUCCUGAUUGUCGUGUCUCUGCGCUUCUACAUCCGGCUCCGCCUCCUUCGGAAGUUUGGGGUGGAUGAUAUGGCCCUUGCAGCAACACUGACCGCAACGAUCGGUUCAAUGAUCGGAAUCGCCUAUGCGAGCCGGCUCGGGCUAGGUCGUCAUCUCGACGUCCUUUCAACGGAUGACAGGUCAGCGUUGUUCAAGCUGCUCUUCUUCGCGUCCUUGGGCUAUCAUGUCACCCUCAUGCUGCUCAAGUCGACCUUCCUCCUCCAGUUCCGGCGCGUUUUCCCACUCCCCAACUUCCAACGGCUCUGUGAUAUCUUCUUAGCCUUCCUGGGCGUGUGGACUGUCGUCGGCCUCAUUGGAGGUGCUACCGUCUGCCUUCCCGUCUCCAAAAACUGGGACCUUGAAGAUCCGAUUUGGGCGUGUGAACCGCGUUUCUGGUUUUGGCUGGCCCACGGCAUCGUCCAUCUUAUCACGGACCUCCUCAUCUUCAUCAUGCCACUACCCAUGUUGAAAACGUUGCCUCUGCCGCCGCUGCAUAAAAUCGUCCUGAUUGCCGUUUUCUGUUUAGGGUUCUUAACCUGCAUCAUCUCUGGCCUUCGCUUGACGACGCUACACUCAGCGCUUCGGGACCGAGAUGUGAGCUAUACGUCAGCCUCUACCGCAUAUUGGUCCCUAGGGGAAGUUGUGUGUUCGAUCGUGUGCCUUUGCAUACCCACACUCCGCCCACUUGUGGGGAGUUGUUGCGCUCAUCGGUUGGGAGAGGGGAAUAUCAUGGAGCGCGGGUCACGGAGGUUCGGAUUUUACGCCAUUAGCUUACCGAGCACAGUCGGGCCCCCAAGUCCAUUACCAAGACUGCAAGAACCUCCAAUACCAAUUAAUGAUAGAGCAUAA